UAUUACUUAAACCCACAAUUUCGAUAUGAGGAUAAUUUCUCAGAUACUGAUGAAGUGCGAAAUGGGUUGUUUGCUUGCAUGGAUAGGAUGCUUGGGAAAGGGAAAGAACAUGAAGAGGCCGAUGUUCAAUUGGAUUUAUUUACUAAUAAGCGUGGUCUAUUUGCGGAUUCUAUGGCUAUGCAAACUAGGAAAAAGCGAACACCAACGGCUUGGUGGGAGCGCUUUGGGCAUAAAACACCCGAGUUAACGAAAUUUGCUAUCCGAGUUCUAAGCCUUACUUGUAGUGCAUCGGGAUGUGAGAGGAAUUGGCGCACAUUUUCAAUGGUAAGUAAAUAUAUUAUUAGUAUCUUAAGUGUCAUUUUUGCUUAAAAUGUUUAGACUUGAAUAAUAGAAUUGAUUUAUUUGUAUAUUCAUACAAAACGAAGGAAUAGGCUUGAACACAAAAGGCUUAAUGCUUUAGCCUAUGUCAAGUACAAUUUGGCUUUACAAGAAAGAAGUAAGAAAAGGAUGGAGAAGUAUGAUCCUAUUGUUGUGGAAGAAAUUGCCUCCGAUGAUGAAUGGAUAACAAAGAUAGAAGGUCCCGUUCUUCCCGAAGAUCCUACAUGGCUUGAGGAUGAGUUAUUGUAUAAUGUUGAGGCCGUAAGGAAUGUGCCAACCCUGGUUUAUGAAGGUGGCUCAUACAUUCGAGAGCCUAGAGAGUCUUCUCCUCCUCCUCCUCCUCCUCCUCGUGAGCCUACUCCUCCUCCUUGUGAGCCUACUCCUCCUCCUUCUUCUCGUGAGCCUACUCAACCUCGGGGUCCUAUUACAUACAAAAGAAAAUGGAGUGAUGAAGAAUCCUCAAGUAGAACUAGAAGAAAUGUGGAAUAUGAUUCGGAAGAUUCUUUUGAUGAAAUGAUGAGAUACCCGACAAGUUCAUCUAGAGUUGGCAAUGAAGAGGAUGAUGUGGCCUUUUAUUUAGAUGAAGAGGAUUUAGAUGAAUGAUUUAUAUCUUUGUUUGUAUUUUGAUUUAUAUGAAGAUGAUUUGGAUGAAUGAUUGUUUUCUUUGUUUGUAUUACCUUUUGAAUGAUGAAUUUGGGUGAUAUUACCUUUGAAUGAUGAA